AUGCGAGAAUUAGAAAAAUAUCGCAAAGACCCUCAUUACAAAAGAUAUGUUCAGCAAGUGGAAAGAAUCUUACAAUCCUUUGAUAAAGAAGUUAAUGAGUGGGCCGAUUUCAUAUCUUUUUUAGGAAAACUUUUAAGGGCUUUUCAAGCGUACCCUCAAUUUCCCGUAAUUCCUCGAAAGCUUUUGGUUGCAAAACGACUUGCACAGUCUUUAAAUCCUGGACUACCACCGGGUGUACAUCAAAAAGCCUUGGAAGUUUAUGAUUACAUUUUUAAAACUAUAGGGAUCGAACAAUUAGCAGAUGACUUGCCCAUUUACUCCCAGGGGCUGUUUCCAUUUUUUCAAUACGCUGCUAUGUCAGUUAAGCCUCAAUUAAUAGAACUAUAUGAACAAUACAUGUUUCCGCUAAAGGAACGACUCCGCCCGGUCAUGAAAGCCUUUAUCAUUGCUUUGCUACCUGGACUUGAAGAGGAAGGGGGUGAAUUCUUUGAUAAAGUUUUGUCUCUUCUCGACUAUUUAUCUGGAAUCGUUGAAAAGUCUUAUUUUCUACAAAGUAUGUGGCUUGUAUUAAUUACUUGCCCUGCUUUGCGAACACCAGCACUAAGUUAUUUAUCUCGGCGCAUGCCGAAGAUUUCAUCAAAAGAGGAUGUAGCCGUGGUUCUAGGCGACGAUGUUGGAAUUAUGGUCCGCGCAUUUUCUGCUACUCUAGGUGAUAAACAGGUUUUAGUUCAACGGGCUAUUCUUGAAUUACUUGUGGUUAAUUUUCCAUUAAAACAUUCUUCAAAGUAUCAUGCAGCAAGACGACCUUGGCCUGACGAGCAUGUAGAACAACAAAUUGAUCACUUUCAGGUGCAUGCUAAAUCUGCAGUCGUUUCCGCGUUAAAGAGCUCUUUUUUUAUGGAUGCAAACGAUUUGAUUGAUGCCCAACGACCAUAUAAGAUCUUGAUCUCAUUGAUGGAUAAAUGGGAAAUAGGACAACCGAUCGUUCAAGAAUUGUUUAUUGAUGUUUUAUGGUCACUAAAAAAUCAUGUUGAUAAAUCAGAGUUCGGAAUGGAUUUAUUACAAACUGCAAAUAUGUUUAUGGAAAUGCUUGAACCUUAUUUAAUUUGGAUGAAAUUAUAUGGCCUUCUUGAUAAAUUUUCAUCUAAGGACGGGCUAGAUACUGCUGCGUUAGACUUAGUCGGUUUUGUUUUGAAUUCACUUAAAUUACAUGAAGAAGAAAUCGAACAAAUUCAUUUGCCAUUCUUUUUGAUUGCUCUACUUUGUAAACUUCAAAGCUUUGCGAAUGAUUCAAAAUUUACUGCUUAUAUUUCACAAGUUGAACCUGCUUUAAAACUAGCAUUAGAUAUUUUCCAAAAAAUCCCGAAUAGUGUCUUUAAUUAUCGUGUUCAUAAAUUGACAACAGAGAAACGGAACACUAUCAUUAGACCAGUAUCACAGGCCGACAAAGUUGAUUCUUCAAGCGAAAAUACUUCGUCCGCAAAACCGUCUCAAGUGGAUCUGGAUUUCUCUUCCGGAAUGGAUCCUAUAAUGUAUAUUAAUAAUUUUUAUUCUUGUGGAAUUGAAAAUAUUGCGAACAAGGAAUUCAGUGGAAUAAGAGGGCGGCUUUUGGUUGAAGAACUAUUAAAAUCUAUACAAGGGUUUUUGAAUUGUAUAAUUACCAAAUAUGUACUUAUCAAGAGUGAUGAUAAUAAGAUGGUGACUCAGAGAUUAUUCUCUGUAAUAAUAGAUCGUGCUUGCGGACUUUUAAGAGCCGUUUCAAUGAAACUUUAUCAUACUGAACGUGAUACUAAAGAGUAUGAAUCAGUGGUAUUGAAAUUAUUUACUGGAGAAUGGGUCGAUUCAUUACUGAAAUGCUGUUACAUGGUCGAAAGCUUUGAUAUCAUUGAUUCGGCACUCUCGACCCUUCUCGAUCUUAUAAUCGGUAGGCGACUUAUCCCACCUCGCUUGUUAGACUCUAAACAACAAAUUCGUGAUAUUGUUGAUACAUUAUGGCGUUUUUUGGGCCCUCAUUAUAAUGUAUUGCAUUUACGAUCAUCUCAGCUUAUUUGGAAGCUUAAAGAUGUAUCUCACACAAAUUAUGUAGAAGCAGUAAUAUCAGAGUACUUGAUACAAAAGGAUACAUCGGUUAGACUAUCAAAUUUUGAACGGUUUGGAAUUUUUUGGAUGCUAUCUGCUGAAUUUUAUGACACAGAUACGGCAUUCUCUCAACAAAUGUUUUUGGUGUUGGAUUCUUUACGCGAUGAAAAUCCUUCAAGCCGUCGUGCAGGUGAAACUUGGAUGAGGUGGAACCGCAACAAUAAAUCUUAUAUAAGAAUUUUACAACCUAUGGUCAAAUUUUUAUGUGACUCUAAGAUUAUUCGCAAAAAUAAAGAAUUGCAAAUAGAUGAUGGAACAUUUGAAGUUAUUUAUUAUGAGAAGCCAUUCAAUCAGGCCCAAGUAGAUUAUGUUUUUGAGACAUUGUCUACAAUGUGUCGAGUUGGAGGGAAAGCGUUUUUAAAUGCAAUACGCAUCUCGCCCGUUAAGGCUGAAUUAAUCAAUUCUUGCACCUGGCUUUCUAAAGGCAGUGAGAAUUCAUUGAGCCCUAUGACUUACAGUGAACUCUUUAUUAAAAUUGCAUUGCUAUAUAUAAAAUCUGAAGUAUUAGAUACUUCUUCAUCUAUGAAUAUGUUAAAUCAACAUAUCCAUUUGCACGCUGCUGAAUUUCUUCUUCAUUUAGUAAAAAAUUCCGAAUUUAUUAGUAAUGAAAUGGUUUAUUUAGUCCACGAAACUGUCUUGCACAAGAUGUUCUAUUGUAUCUCUGCAAAGCAUCUAGAUUUACAGGCAAAGCUUUUACCAUUGUUGCAUUCAACUAUCUUAAAUGUGGGUCAAUCGAAUGAAUAUUUUGCAAAUGGCUCCUUCGCUUCAAAUUCAUCUUUGUCAAAGAAGAUAACGAUAGAGCCGUAUUAUUCAAGUUCUCCGACUGGCCAUACUGGCUCUGCAACGAAAGAAGAAGUUACUAGUGAUUUAAAACAUUUUCGUGGGUUAACGCUUCUUUUUACCAAAGUUCUGACUAUGGCAUUAUCGAAACUUUCAAAUCGACCUCUUUUACAAGAGUGGAUGGACCUUAUUGAAACAUCUAUACCCUAUUUCCGACAAUCAUUCGACCCUGUAUUGAUAGCAUUGAUUCAAUGUAUAUGUGAACAAUUAAAACAUUGGAAAACAGAAACACAGCAUCGAUAUGCUUUGAUGAUAAGCAAUAGUGAACUUAUUUUUCCAAACUCAUCAGAAUCUAUUGAUGAGCAUGCGAUGUCUGAUUGGGAUAUCAUUACAUUGCUUAAUGGAUUUGAAGAAAUAGUGAAAGAUUGUUUGAAUAAGCAUACAAUUGACGAUGGUGAUAUUACAUCACACGGAAGUAAAUCCUAUGAUGCAGCACUUGGUCUUCCUACGUUAACUGGCUAUGUAACAGGCGUAUUCUCAGUUGACUCUGGGUCUAAUGAGACAUCGACAUCAACAUCAGAACAAAAGCCCCGAGAUUAUAUAUUGUACAAUGUUUUUCCAAAUAUUGUGACUAUCAUUUUGGAUAUAUGGACCGUUUUCAAAGAUGCGUCUUCUUCGAAUCGACCAAUAAAGGCCGGAAUAUGUCCAUUUGAUAUUUCACUUGCACACACAGAGGCACGAAUAAAAAAUCGAAUCAAGAAUUUGCUAGAAGAGCUUUACAAAAAGUCACAUGCAGAACUCGUUGAGGCCUUUGUCGAACUUUGGUAUAUUGAGAAUCCUGACAUAACUGCUGCUGUUUCUGAGGCAACAUCAAAGGGAUUUGAUAGCACUGCUAUUGAAGUGCUUAAAGUCAUCCCUGGCUCUUCCGUCCCAAAAGUCAUAAACACUCUUUUAAUCAACGCUCGUGGUCGAUCACUUGGUGUACAGGCUCCAAAAGUCAAAAAAUCCGGCUCUAAAACCAUUAAAUUAACAGACAUAAUGAUUCUACGGUUUAUAGAGGCUUAUUGUGAUUCUUUAGGGGAGCUUGAACCGUUAACUAAAGUUUGGCCCCAAUGUAUAUCAUACGUAAAAGACCAUUUUGCGCAAGCAACAACUUAUAAAUAUUUAUUUCCCAAUAUUUUGAGAUUCAUGCAUGGGUUGGCUGACAAACUAUGCUCAACUGAGUAUUUUGAAGAUAAGAAAGUGAGGAAAGACAUGCAGGAUGUGUAUCAACGAGUUUUGGAUUAUUGCAUUCUGAUAUCUGGACGAUCAUUUGAUCAAGGGUUAUGGCUUCGGCGUUCUACACCUCUUCCAGAGGGCGAGGAUGAGAAUACUGAAGAAGCUGAUGAAAACGAGACAGAAAAGAGUCGUGCUACUGUCCCUAUACAAGAAGAAAAAAAAACUGCAUAUAAAUCAAAGGAAGAAGUUUUGAUUGAGCAGACAAAUCAAUAUCUUGCCGCUAUUGUAAUACCAAACAUUAGACGAUUGUUAGCCGAUCAUGAUAAAAUUGUUGCCAUACUAACCAACCUCAUGUACUAUGUAAUAGCACCUUCUCUGAAAAAUCGCACCAAUACUGGUAUCAAUCCAAUAGCGCUUGAUCUUCUAUGUGAGACUUCAAAGAUAUCCUUUGCAUACCGAGUUUGGCGUAAAGAAGCGUGGGAUGUUUUUACAGACAACAAAUUUUUUAAUAUGGCACCUGUCGCAGCAAAAAAAUGGCGCACUAUAAUGCAAACGAUAAUGACAUCGGAAAAGGAAAGAUUCGUCGAAGUCCUAACUCGAAUAACGACUACACCUGCCAACGCGUUGUUUGUCAAUAAAGAACUAGAGUCAUUAAAUCGAGCACUGAAUCUUAGGAGGCUUUCAUUCAUAAUAUAUUGCGGAAAAAUGGAUCAAUACUUGUCUCAGAUUCCCAAUAUCCAUGAAAAACUGGUUGAAUUAUUUAAAUUAGGAUUUACCGAAUUGGUUCAUUCCGAGCUUCGCCUUUGUGGAACAUAUCUUUAUAAAGAAACCUCAACAAAAGAAAGCUCCAAGGGAGCUGUGGAAAAACCUGAAGUCGCUAACACAUUUUUGGCAGCAUGCAAAUUUUUGGAUCUGUUAUUUGCGUUGCAAACCAGCAGUUUUCAACCAUACGAGUGGAUGUUUAUCUCAAACACCAUCAAUGUGGUAAGACAUUCCCUUGAAUAUUCACCUUAUGCGCUCUUAGACAAAAUAUCAGAUCAAAUAUCCGGUCAUGAAGAUUUAACGAAAUUACACUUAGACAAUUUAUCGAGUAACCAACUUAUAUCAGGGGCGCAUGCAAUUCCACCUGGAGGAAAUAAACGUCCAAUGCUGACAUUACAUAGUAUAACCAGCAUUAAACAAUUAGAAUUCUUUGUAAGAAAUAUUAGUUUGUAUGUUUAUCAUUCAACUUACACGCUCGCAAAACCGGAUAUGCCAUACAUUGAAAGUUUAUUAGAAAAUGAUUUGCUGGAGUAUAGCGGUGGACUUGAAAGUGGAAAUUUGGAUGUGGAUAGUGGAGACGUAGUUUAA